AGGCCUGGAGGAAAUGAGGGGGCGGAGGGGGGGCUGAGGUUCCGGGAGACCUUGUCCGUACCGCAGCCGCCGGGCUCCCCCAGGUGGCAGAGACGGGGCGGGGCUCCCCCAGGUGGCGAGGGCGGGGCGCUGCGCCAAGGCAGGGGCGGGACCCCGCCUCCCGUGCUCUUUUGGCUGCCCGCGCCCAGCGCACUCGGACGCUCCUCCGCUCCCCGCCGCGGUCACCAGGCUAUGGGGCUGGGGCUGGGGCUGGGGCUGGGGCCCGCCCCGACCCCCGGGGAGGCCGCCCCUACUGCGGCGUGACGGGCGGCCCAGAUGGUCAGCAUGGGCCAGUGCUACUACAAUGAGACCAUCGGCUUCUUCUACAACAACAGUGGCAAGGAGCUCAGCUCCCACUGGCGGCCCAAGGAUGUAGUUGUGGUGGCUCUGGGGCUGACCGUCAGCGUGCUGGUGCUGCUGACCAACCUGCUGGUGAUCGCGGCCAUCGCCUCCAACCGCCGCUUCCACCAGCCCAUUUACUACCUGCUGGGCAACCUGGCUGCAGCUGACCUCUUUGCCGGUGUGGCCUACCUCUUCCUCAUGUUCCACACGGGCCCUCGCACUGCGCGGCUCUCGGUGGAGGGCUGGUUUGUGCGGCAGGGCCUGCUGGACACCAGCCUGACGGCGUCAGUGGCCACGCUGCUGGCCAUCGCUGUGGAGCGGCACCGCAGUGUGAUGGCCGUGCAGCUGCACAGCCGCCUGCCCCAUGGCCGAGUCGUCAUGCUCAUCGUGGGGGUGUGGGUGGCCGCGCUGGGCCUGGGGCUGCUGCCCGCCCACUUCUGGCACUGCCUCUGUGCCCUGGACCGCUGCUCACGCAUGGCCCCCCUGCUCAGCCGUUCCUACCUGGCCGUCUGGGCCCUGUCCAGCCUGCUUGUCUUCCUGCUCAUGGUGGCUGUCUACACCCGCAUUUUCUUCUAUGUGAGGCGGAGGGUGCAGCGCAUGGCAGAGCAUGUCAGCUGCCACCCUCGCUACCGAGAGACCACACUCAGCCUGGUCAAGACCGUUGUCAUCAUUCUGGGGGCGUUCGUGGUCUGCUGGACGCCGGGCCAGGUGGUGCUGCUUCUGGACGGUCUGGACUGCAAGUCCUGCAAUGUUCUGGCUGUGGAGAAGUAUUUCCUACUCUUGGCUGAGGCCAACUCACUGGUCAAUGCCGUGGUGUACUCGUGCCGAGAUGCUGAGAUGCGCCGCACCUUCCGCCGCCUCCUCUGCUGUCUGUGCCUUCGCCGGUCCACGCACGAGUCUGCCCGCUACGCACCCUCCACCCGAACGGGUGCCAGCACUCGCAUCAUGCUUCCUGAGAAUGGCCAUCCCCUGAUGGACUCCACCCUUUAGCCAACCUGGGACUUCACUGGGGUGCCGCAGAUGCCAGAUCGUAGCCCCUGACCACUCGUGGACGCACCUGGCUCUCCCCAAUCUGCAGGACAGACUUAAAGGCAGACCCCCAGUCUGCCGUGGCAC